GGUGGGUAAAGAAGCAUAGGCAAGGGUUUUAGGGGUUUUUGGAGGUUUUAAGCACAGCAUAACAUAACAUCUGUUCUCCCUUUGCGACUCAACCACCAUGUCCACGCCUGCGAAGGAAGCUCCGAAGGACCAAUCCGAUGCGGAAGCGCGGGAUCUGCCUCCCGAUCCGGCAGGUUCUGAGUCCCCCGAAGCAGAGGAAGAGGAAGAAGAAGGAGAGUGCGGGUUCUGCCUCUUCAUGAAAGGGGGCGGCUGCCGCGACGCCUUCACCGAAUGGGAGAAGUGCGUCCAAGAAGCCGAGACCAACAACGAGGACCUCCUCGAGAAGUGCGCCUCCAUCACCGCCGCCUUGAAGCAGUGUAUGGACGCUCACUCCAACUACUACGAGCCCAUCCUCCGCGCCGAGAAGCUCGCGGAGGAACAGGCCAUCGUUGAAUUGGAAAAGGAAAACUUAGUUUCCCGGGAAGACCAAAAGAUCGAUCAUGUUGUUGAGGAAGUGGCCACCAUUGAGUUGUUGAAGGAAAACCAAAAUUUGUCGCCUAAUGAAUCCCAAGCUCCUCCUCCUUCUAGUCAAGAUCCGAAGACCGAUCAUGUUGUUGAGGAAAUGGCCACCAUUGAGUUGAAGGAGAACCAAAAUUUGUCCCAAGCUCCUCCUCCUCCUUCUAGUCAAGAUCCAAAGUGAGACAUCAUUUCAUUGCCCGUUUUUUGUUUCUCCUAACCUGCUGUCAUACCUGUACUGCCAAUGCAAAUAGAUUACAGUCAUUUAUAACUCAUUCAUUUUUGUCACAAUAAUUAAAAUGACAAAUAUUUUCUUGGAUUCAAAGCUGUAUCAAUUUCCAAUUUUAAACAUGCGAUAUGGUUGUGUUGUAUCAGAUUUUAUUUUACUGUCUGG